AUGCAGGUGUCACUGCAUCGACCUACGAGAAAAAGAUCACAACAAAAUACACCAACCAAACAUGCAGAAGCAAAGUGGCCAAAGGUCAGUAAGCUAAAUUGCAAGUCACAUGUGACAAAGGAGAAACGAGAUGAUAUACAUGAUAUGCUCAAGUUCAUGAGCGGUGAGGAUAAAGAGAUAAUGGCAGAGAUUGCUGGACCAAAAUGUAUUACACAAAAGAAGAGAGUACUGGUCAAGGAACUGGAAGUAGAAUAUGAUGACACUAGAAGAAAAAAGAGAAUAGAAAGAACAAAAAUUGUAAACGAACGAAGAAGUAAAAGUUGUAAACAAAAGGAAUCUCUGGAGACUUUAAGAAAGAGGAACGCAGACGGAAAAGGAUCGGCCAAAGAACAAAGGAGUAAAAGGUGUAAACAAAAUGAAUCUCAGGAGACUUUAAGAAAGAUGAAUGCAGACGGAAAAGGAUCAGCCAAAGAACAAAGGAGUAAAAGGUGUAAACAAAAGGAAUCUCAGGAAACUUCAAGAAAGAGGAACGCAGGUGGAAAAGGAUCAGCCAAAGAACCAAAGAGUAAAAGGUGUAAACAAAAUGAAACCCAGGAGACUACAAGAAAAGGGAACACAAACGAAAAAGGAUCAGGAAAAGAAUCAAAGAGUAAAAGAUGCAAACAAAAGUAAUCUGCAAAAAUAGAGGCUAGGAAAAAUGACAUUUGGUGAAAUCGUCAUUGCCAUAACCCAAAAUAUUUUUUAUAUAUGUAAUUCUUUUUUGCAAGUAUAAUGUGCCAUCCAAAAUGUUUAUGUAUUUUUAUAGAAAUCAUAUGUUACGUUUGUACUCUAGGCUAGAUAGAUCUUGUAUAAUGAUAUAAAACUAGAUUUAAUUUAUACAGAUAUUAUGUUAAUGGGUAAAUUAUGUACCUUUCAUAUAAAAUUUCGUAAUCUUUCAUUUGACUUAAACACCAUCUACAGAAUGAGCCAAAAAAUCUCCAUAU